AUGACUCCAUUCCUGCGGAUUCUGUCAGCGGUGGUCCUUGGUGCCAUUACCGUUUUUGCCCAACUUCAAUGUCCUCCACUGGGUCCUAUCUUACCCGCUCCAACAAAUCUAGAUGCGAUCCGAGCUCUCGCACAGCCGCUCCAGACUCAACUGGAAAACAAAACGCUCUUCGACUCCAGCGCAACUGCUCUGUCAAUUGGCCUAGCGUCCAUCCAUGAUCCGACACCAUUGCUCAGCCUCCAUGUCACACCAACAUCAUACAACCAGAGCGGCACGCACAACGUCACGGGCGAUACCAUUUAUGCCAUCGCCAGCGUGACCAAGCUCUUCACCGCUCUCUCAAUCCUCCAACUCGAGGGAAAAAUCAAUCUGGCGGAUUCAGUCUUGAAAUAUGUCCCCAGGCUGGCACAGCUGUCCCCGAGUCAUGAUCCUUUGCUGGAGCCGGACUAG